AUGAUGCUGCUGGAAAUGGUAGGGGGGCGUAAAAACGGUGAAAAAGAUAAUAUAGAGAGCUCAAGCGAUGCCUAUUUCCCAAACUGGAUUUAUGACAAUAUAGCAGAACAUGUGCAAAGUUGUGAAGUCAUCUGCGGCCUUGAAGAGACCAUGAGAAAGAUGGCGUUAGUUGGGCUGUGGUGCAUACAAACUAACCCCGGAAACCGUCCUACGAUGAGCAAGGUGAUUGAUAUGUUGGAAAAGAGCAUCAACGAAUUAGAGAUGCCACCGAAGCCGUUCCUUUCCUGUCCCUCAAUCCCGUCACAUUAG